AUGGAGCCAACGUGCCCGCGGCGUCCCUCCUCCCUGACGUCCCUGGACAGCCACCCACCCGACAGGAGGGAGGUCACGGCCGGAGCAGGCGGACUGGCCCUGGGCCGGGGCGGGCCGCCUCUGUGCAGGCUGGGGGCGGGGAGCAGUCGCCACUGCUGCCCAGCGCCAGGCACCCAGCGGCACCUCCCAGCCGCACGGGGCAGGCCGGCUCGGGCCGGCGCCCGGGGGAGCCAGCUGGCCCCAGCAGAUAGAGCCGUGCUGAUGGUGGGGGCCUGUGAAAUGGGAAGGACCCCAGAAGGAGGAGGGGUGCUCAGAUCGGCCCUCGCACCCGGGGUCAGCGGGCAGCAAGGGCGACCCCGCCUGCAGGAGGGCCAGUACACGGACGUGAGGGCGGUCACCCCCGGCUCCCUGGGACCUAGGGUCACGCUCCGGGGCAGCUGUCUCAGACCACAGAGGGAGCCUCAGCUCCGAGAACGAGUCCGACCUGGGCCCACGGAGGGCGCAGGGUGA